GCACCCCGGACCAGGAUCUACAUCUCUCAGGAGUGGAGUGUUUGAAAACGGCCCCAUCAGGACUUUCUCCCUAAAAAAGCUGCAGCUGAUUGGCUGCAGCUCUGCUCUGAUUGUAGAAACUCAAGCUCCUUCAUCACUCAAACUGCACCUCUGCACCGGACUGACUGCACCUCUGCUUCUCCUCACGCUCCAAGAAAAACAAGGAAAAAUGGGGAAAAUUAACGGUUGCCUCAAAUGUGUUUUCAUCUUCUUCAACGUGUUGUUUGCGCUCAUCGGGUGUUUGAUGAUAUUUGGGGCAGUGAAGAGCACCGCCUCCGCCGUCCAGAUGUCCUCGUUCGGAGGUCCUGGUGUCGGGUGGAUCUGGGUGACCGCCAUCGGCGUCUUCGGCAUCUCCUGUCUGGGGAUCUAUGCUGCCUGCUCCGAGAAUCUCCUGGCCCUGAAAAUAUUUGCAGGGUUCAUGGGCGUUGGAAUGAUCAUCAUGCUGAUCUUUGGCAUCAUCGUGGCGGUUUACAGAAACAAGGUGAAAGAAGGUAUCAAAAGUGCCUCCCAUGAGUUUGCCGAGGAGUACAUGAAAAACGACGACUUCAAGGCUUUGAUCARUGCCUUACAAGAACCUUUCCAGUGCUGUGGACUGACGAGCUCUGAGGACUGGGGUGAAACCAUUCCUGACUCCUGUGAAUGCAAGCAAUCAUUCAGCUGUAAACCCAAGCCAACGGGUUACUCAGGCCCAUCCAGUAUCUACUCAAAGACCUGCGGUGAUAUCCUCUUCGACACAGUCGACCUGGUCUUCAARGUGGCCAUGGGCCUUUAUUUUGGAUUUUCUGUUACUGCACUGUUCGGCCUGCUCUUCACGCUCCUCAUGAUCCGUCAGGUGUCGCGCCACGACAGCGCAGGAGGACCGUCGAUGGCCAUGAAAGGCUACUAAAGUUAGCUCCGCCUCUGACGUCUGAACUUUAACUUCUGUAACAUUAACGAGACGUCUCAUUGGUGAACCUUUAAUUCAAUUCUACAGGAACCAUAUGGUAUGCUUCAAGAAUAUUAUUUGUGACAAAAGGCUCUUUUUAUUUUUGUAUUAAUGAAAAUAUUCCUAUAAACAAAUAAUUUGUUGUAAAUUUUUCUGUUUUGUGCUGAAAUGUGGUGUUUUAAUGUUUUAAUGUCAGACAGGCUGAUUUAACCUGAGGAGGUCAGAGGAGAGACCAAACAUACAAACUUUACAGAUAAAAUGUAAACAUUUGGACAGAUUUAGGAUUGUGAACCUCCUGGAGUUGAAUGUGUUUAAGAUGGAUUAAACAUGUAGAACAGUCUCAGGUCUCCAGACUUUAAAUGACCAACAUGAAUAAAACAAACACUGUUACAUAAACUGUUCUGUUGUAAAACCUGCAUCUGUACCAUUCCACAAUAAAUAAUAUCGGGCGAAUAAACGAAUAAACAUCUGAACCCUUCA